UUGUGGAGGGCUCUCUCCCUGCCCUCGUAGUUUAUCCUCGCCCCCAGCAGCAUGUCCCAGGCUCUGAGGCUGCCUCUAGUCCUCCUCACAGCACACUACCAUGAUCAGAUGGGCUGCUGGAGGGAGUAAGGCUGCUUUUGCCUCGUUCUGCUCCUGGGCUGUCUUGGUGGCUUGCUCUGUCUUCAGGACCAGCUUCCGACGAAGGUCAUCCGGACUGCUUUCUUCCCUGGCUUUCUCAGUGCUGGUUGCUCUGCUGGUAUUCUCCCUGUUCUUACCUGAGGCCUCUUGUCGUCAGCUCCACAGAGACAGACCAAGGUCAAAAGUUUCGGAAAAAUCUGGGGUACCACUGAACAUUUCAGAGAGUGAACUAAUCUCUAGACCAAGAGCAAACAGUGGCCCACUGCGUCGGGCUGGAGGACCGCAGGGGAGGCAUGUGCGCAGCUACAGUCACUUACAAGGAGACAUUCGUAGGAGAAAGUUGUUCUCUUUCCAGAAGUUUUUCCUAAGGAUCGACAGGAAUGGACAAGUCAAUGGCACCAAGAGCAAAGAUGACCCAUUCAGUAUUUUUGAAAUCACAUCAGUGGAAGUGGGAGUGGUGGCCAUUAAAGGGCUGCACAGCAACUAUUAUCUGGCCAUCAGCAGGGAUGGAAAGCUGUAUGGAGCGAGAGUGUUUAGUGUUGACUGCAAGCUGAAGGAGCGCAUCGAGGAGAACGGCUACAACACGUACGCUUCGGCUAAGUGGAAGAACAAGAAGCGGCAAAUGUUCGUGGGGCUGAAUGUUCAAGGGAAGCCGCUGAAGGGGAUGAAAACCCGCAGGAAGAAAACGGCAACCCACUUCCUCCCAAUUAUGGUGUGAAUCAAGAAGCCCAACUGGAUUGGAAGCAGCUAUCUAGAGCACUGGACACAGGAGGUUUUCAAUACCUGGCAGCCAUGACAUUAAGACAUGCAUUGAAAAAUCUCACAUUUGGGAAAGAAAAAGGCACUAACACUGUUACAUGAAAUGAACUCUGAAUUGGUUGAGCUUAUUUCCUUUUGAUGAAAGGUGCUGAGUUUUGCGCGGCACCAAAAGCAGAGGUAAUCUAUAUUUUUUUACUGUGCCAAACAGUUUGAAGCUGGAGUACAGGUAUAAUGUGGACAAUACAGAAGAUGCUACCCAAGCUAGAUGUAUCUAAAUGUGUUAUCUAUCAUCUAAAUUUUCAAAAGAAGCAGAGACAUUUGACUGGCAGAAAAUGGGAAAGGUUUAGGUAAUAUCGUGACUAUCCUGAUUAUCCUGACAGCAUGACAUAUUAUGAAAGCACAUAUAAAGUAAUUGUUUGUUAGUUAACCACUGCGUUUUGGCUGAAUUUUGAUGACUUAUUUAUUUUUGUGAGAUAUUUAACUGGAAAAAAACACCAGCAAUCUUCUGCAUUCUACUUUUUUUAGGAUCUCUAUCAUUAAAUAAAACUACCAUUCUCCUU